CGAAGUAUUCCAUGGACGAAGUGACUGUUACAGUUUCCGUCAAUCGAUUCAUCUGAUAGAACGACAAGUACCACGACUGUUAGCAGUCUGGAAUUCCCCUCAGGGAUCGAUUGUAUUUUGGUUGUUUUUUUACAACCCACGAUCCACGAAGUAUAAAUGCCGUGAUCGCCGCCACGUGUUUGCUCCCUCCUCCGCAGUUCCUCACAGUUGGAGUUCCACGACUCUUGUAAGCAGCUUUCUUGUCAACAUGCACGAUCCUCGGAACACGACGCACGACAAACGAGCUUUGCUAGCCAGAGACCGUGACCCGUGGCGAACCCUCGUCAGUCUCGCCGUUGUUAUACAAAAUAUAUUUUGGACGGAAGAUCUCGCGUAUCGGGUCUCUUGCCUUGCUGUAGAACGUAAACACGCAUAUAAUCUACAGCCCACAGUAAACAUGAAAGCUACAGCUGUACUGCUAUUACUGCUGUCACCAAUUUGUUUUGCUGGCCAGUUGUACUAUCCACCAUUGUAUUGGCACAAGGACGACUGUCGAUUUCAAAGUUUACAACGGAGCACAGAAAACAAUGCGACUAAAGAAGUCUUCAUGAAAGUGAUAUACAGUAAUGAUGGUUACGGAAUGCCUUACGGUUUGACGAUUGUUUGUCCGACCACCUUUAUGAAUAACUGGAUGGAAGACAAUCCUGAUAGUUUUAGUUUCUACGAAAAUAUGUGGCAAGUCGAUAAAGAAGGUUACGAUAAAUGCCAGGUGAAUACGAAAGGCAAGCCAGUGGAGAACAGGCUAUUAUUGACGUGUGAUAACAAAGAGAAGAUAAAAAAACAUAGUUUCUUAUUUAUGGAAACCUGGGUUCCAGAAGAUCAAGCCUUUCCAAAGUUUGAGAAAGGGAAACACUAUUAUUUCAUUUCGACAAGCAAUGGGGAGGAGCCAGUUCUCAAAACCCGUAAAGUCAGUGGGAAAGAUGGAAGCUGCGAGAAAUAUCAUAUGAAAUUACACAUCUAUGUUUGUGACCUGAAAAAGGAGGACUGUGUUUAUGAGUUCCCAAAGUGUGGGCCGCCACCUGAACUUUAUAGGGAUAUGCAUUUGAUUGGCGGGAAGCUGCCUGCAGUGACGCAGCCACCGCCUAUAAAAACAGUUAGGAACACACCUCAAACAACUGAGAAAAUAGUUGUCAAGCAUAAAGUCAAGGAUAACCCCACAACGCUAGGGGAUGCUGUAAAAAAGCCGAUUUGCGAUGUGGAAGAGAAAGGAACAUCUAUUCAUCUCAUCCUAAACUUCGUGCUCGGUGGGGUUGCCUUAUUCAUGGCUGUCGUGAUUAUUAUUUUGGUCUGCGGAUUAUCGGAUAAAAGCAAGAAAUUUGAGACGGAUCGCCCAACUUCUGCGAUGUCGAACAACCAUGGAGGUCAUAUAGUGAACGCAGAAAUUGUAAACGCCGAGAUGGUGAGGUACAGUGAUGGACAUGUAGAAUUAUCCCCCGUGGUGUUGAGCCGCACACCUCCUACAUCCCCAAGUAUGAUCAUACCACCCUAUCCAACAUUACAAAGGAUUCACUCUCAACGACAAAACGUUCCUUCCGAUAAUGCGCCUACAGACGACACUUCACCCGAACAAUUGAACAUGGAGCGAACCCCGCCUGAUCACUUCCCCCUGGAGACGCCGCCUAGCCGCUCCCCGGAAUCCCCGGGUCGGGCAUUCGAAUUUCCUGAACAGGCAAAGGCUGUCGACUCCGAAACGACCUCAGAAGAUCAGGAAGUUCCGAUUCUGGCCCGACAACCGCGGCUAUAGUGACAAACCCACAAAAUGACCACGAAGAAGCCACGUGAUGCGUCUUAAACAUUACGUGUUUUAUCUCUACGUGACCGGCGAUCCGCCAAGAUGUCACAUGUUUACAGCUGUCGGCUGAAAAUUACGUUGAAAACGUAUCUAGUUAUAGUGAAUCCCUGACUUCGUAUUUGCCGGAUGUCAUAUAAUGACUUCACACACUAUAGACAAACGAAAGAACACCAUUUACGUGUACUUGUAGGAUGCACUGUCAAACAAGAUAUAGCAAUUAUAUAUAAGGCAUUUAGCA